AGUAUUAACACAGCGUAGCAAUUUCAUCUUCCCAAACGUGAUCUCCUUUAACAACUGUGAGCACUCAAAUGCCUGUUGCCAGGUUACCGUCCAGCACUGUGAAAAGCGGGAUUGUGUACGCGAGCAGCAUGGAGAAGCGCCGCUGACUUGCGCCCAUCUCUAAAUAAUGAAUCACCGAUGCAUUCUGAAUAGAGGGAACGCGAUGAAUAGGCGUGUGUGAUUGGGAUCGAAUCCGCAGCUUCGGAGCCGGGGGAAGCCAUGCAGCUCCAGUCUGCUGCACAAUGCAAGGUGUCCGGCUUCAUACUGAAUGAGAGAUGCGCCCAGUCUCCGAAAAUGGAAGUCCACCGUGAGCAGAGUAUCUGUCAGGCGCGGGCUGCUGUCAUGGUAUAUGACGACGCCAAUAAGAAGUGGGUUCCGGCUGGUGGAUCCACAGGCUUUAGUCGAGUCCACAUCUAUCACCACACUGGCAACAACGCCUUCAGAGUAGUCGGCCGUAAAAUUCAGGACCACCAGGUGGUAAUAAACUGUGCCAUUCCCAAGGGGCUGAAAUACAACCAGGCCACACAAACGUUUCACCAGUGGCGAGAUGCACGGCAGGUGUACGGCCUUAACUUUGGCAGCAAAGAAGAUGCCAAUGUAUUUGCCAGUGCCAUGAUGCAUGCCCUGGAGGUGCUGAACUCUCAGGAUGCAGGCCCCCAGUUGCCAAGACAGACCCCUCAGGUGCAGAAUGGCCCUUCGCCAGAGGAGCUGGAGGUGCAGAGAAGGUAA